CGCGGGGCGUCGCUUUUUCUUCGUCGUCCGCCACCGUCUCCGAGCGAGAGUGAUAAUCGUUUGCCCUCGGGAGUCGCGUUUAUUACGGGAAUACCAGCGCUGGUUCAUGGUCGCUUCCGGUGACCGGGAAUCUGAGAGCCCCAGCUCCUACGUCGCUCUCGGUUUCCCCCGCCCCAGGUUCUUCCGCUACCGCCGGUUGAGGUGAACCCUCUCGCCGACCCUUUUGAUUGAUUCUCGCCUUCAGGCGAUGCCGAACUCGAAGGCUCACCGGAGAGGCCACGAGGAGAGGAGCCGGAAGGGGAAGCCGCAGCUGCUGUCGGAGAAGGCGUCGUCGUUCCACGGGAGGAACCCGGCGGCGAUGGACGCGGCGAAGCAGCUCCCGAGGCCGCGGACGGUGCCGGACCUCAUCGCCGCGAGGGCCCAGGCGGGGGGCGCCGACGAGAGGCCCCGCCUGACGAAGCUCCUCCUGAACGUGACGUUGCAGGGCAGCCUAGGGCACGUGCACGUGGUGAUGACGCCGGAGUCGACGGUCGAGGAUCUGAUCGCGGCGGCGCUCCGGCAAUACCUGAAGGAAGGGCGCCGGCCGAUAUUGCCCACCGCCGAUCCCGCCGGCUUCGACCUCCAUUACUCUCAAUUUAGCUUAGAGAGUUUGGACAGAGAGGAGAAACUGAUGGCGUUGGGGUCGAGGAACUUCUUCCUCUGCGCAAAGAGGCCGCCGAGGGACGGCGUCGCCGCGGGAAGCGGCGGCGGCGCGUCGCCGGCGUCGUGCGGGAAGGAAGCCGAGAAGGCGUCGAAGAACGGAUUCAAUUGGCUGAAGUUCAUGGAUUUCAUGAAGUGAAUAUCGCUCUGAUCGUUGCGCUCGUGAACGUCAGCGCCAAUUUUUAUUUUUUAAUUUGUAUUUUUAUAUCAAUUGAUGAUGCUUGUGCAAAAAAUAAGUCUUGAAUUGGUGGAAAUUUGUUGCUGGUUUGUUGGGUUAGUUCUCUUGGGGGAUCCAUCAAUUUUCCUUUUUUUUUUCCUAUUUACCAGAUGAAAUUUAGAUUGCAAAUCUCAAUUGUAGUUAUUCUAUCAAGUGUACAGUAUUGUUUGGACUUGAAUUAUUGAGCUUGCUUUA